UCAACCAGCCACUCGUAAAGAUGGCGGUUGCCAAUUCGCUCCACUUCUGGUCGCCAAUUGUCAACACUGCUGCUGGUUGGGCGAAUCAUUUGCCAGUCCACUUCACAAAACUGUUGGUACCUCGCGCCCAAUCCGGCAAAAAUGCUCGGUCCCAAGACCUGUUAACCUGCGCUCGGAAAUCGAGGACUAUCCCCGGGGAAGAAUUAAAAUGAAAAUAUUUUCUAUGAAGAAGAAAUUCUCAUGUCGAUCUGACCAGAAGAAGACGGUCGAAUCGCGUUGUACUGCAGCCGGUUGGCGCCUACGCGGUAGCGAUGGGGAUCGCGGCGAGCCGGGCUUCCCGGGCGUCAAGGGUGGCCGCGGUGACAUCGGACCUCCGGGCGCAACUGGGGCCAAGGGCGAGCGUGGCCGGCCCGGGCCUCGGGGACAGCCCGGCUCAUUCGGGACCCACGGGCCCCCCGGCGUCAAAGGGGCACAGGGUCAGUCGGGCGAUCACGGAGCCCCGGGCAUUCCGGGCCCCGCCGGCAUGAAGGGCGACGCUGGAUUUGUGGGCGAAAAAGGAGAC